AUGGACUUCUUCAUAGCGCACAACCACAUAAAACUGCCGACGCCACCCAAGGAGCCAGAGCCCCCUGGAUUCAACGAUCUACCGAUGGAGCUGCUGCUGAAGAUCAUGAAGAUGAUCACGCUGAACGACCGCAUCGCCGCCGGAGAAACGUGCCGCCGCUGGCUCGAGGCGUCCCAUUAUUACACACCCUUCAAUGAACUGCUGCUCUUUCGGUUUUCCAACAUUAACUUUUCCGAUAACGAACCACCAAUCAAAAACUUUCUAGAAGGGUUUAGAAUUUUCCCACGAAUCGAAAUCACUUCGGUGACAUUUUACGGAAACAGUGACUUUUGGCCUGACUUCGGUGAAUUCGUCUUGGAGCUGACCAUCCGAAACUGCCUCAUCCGUGACACGGAAUUGUACUGGAUACUGCAGCAUGUGCCCAAGUUGAAAAAAUUGAAAAUCGAGUCGUGUGAUGAAUUGUUUCGUAUGUGGCAUUUUGAUAAACGGUUCUACUGUUGCGAGUCGGGAUUCCUGCUGGAGCAUCUGACCGACGUCUCACUGGCGAAUAAUGAUUUUAUAGACGAAAUGCACUUUAACUGGAUCAUGACGAUCGCUCCAAAUAUAGCCCACUUGGAUAUUUCCAACUGUUUCAAAAUGGUAACCGCCCAGAGACGCGUACAAAUGGUUGAUCACGUAAUGCGGUUCAUCAACAACAAGCGGUUCCAGCUGGAAACGCUCAAAUUUAGCGGAACUCUAUCGAUCGAUGACAUCUGUCUCAGCACUUUGGCGAUGCUGGACGGGCUGUGCAUCGAGAGUUUAAGUCUAACAUUUUGUGACAAAAUUCCUCCAGCCAUUAUCGACCUGCUAAGAAGACAACCGGAGCUAAAGAUUACACAGGCACUGCAGUUCAAAGUUAACAAAACGAAAAAGACCAUUAAAACUCCUGGUUUUAUUAGUUUCCUUACGAGCCAACCCAAUCUGGUACAUCUUGAUUUGUCAUCUUCGUUGGGAGUGACUGACGAAAUUAUGGAACUAAUUACCAGCACUUUGCCGAAAUUGAAAACCUUGAAACUCCGAAGAUGCAUUCUGAUCACUGACGAAGGCAUCAUGGAUAUUGUGAAGCUAGAGCAUCUGGAAGUGUUGGAUCUCUCCAACUGCGAAAAAAUAUCCGAUCGGGCUAUGUUUAACGGGGUCAUUGGAAGAAAAAUGAAACAGUUGAAGGAACUGUAUCUAUGCGAACUGCCAAGCCUUAGCGACUACUCGUUGAUUCAGGUUACGCUUAACUUCGAGCUGAUUCAGAUUCUCGACCUGAGCAGCUCUCCGAAUGCCGCCACAGAUGCAACGCUGCAGUACAUCAACUUCUAUCUGGUACACUUGAGACGGUUGAUUCUGUACUGCUGCACCAAGGUGACCGAUGCGGGACUGACUGGGAUCGAUCUACCGUCCAAUCCGUUGGAGAUAUGGGACAUUUCUGAGUCUUUUUCGAUUGAUCGACUGUUCAAGCUGAGGGUACUUAACUUGGCUGGAUGCUACAAGAUAACGGACUUGGCACUGCAGAAAGGGUUUUGCUUUAGCGAACUAAAGGAACUUCAUCUGUCCAGGUGUUCUAUGAUCACGGAAGUAGGCAUUGAGGCACUUGCCACAAACAAUAAAUCCAUCGAAUUUCUGGACUUAAGCGAGUGUCCAAAUAUCAAUGACUAUUGCAUCCAGGUGCUUACCGCUAACCUGAAACGCCUGAAGGUACUGAAGGUGAACAAGUGUCCGCUGCUUACCGACGACAGCCUGUACUACAUUAGCAUCAACUGUCGUUAUCUAAAGCACAUUUCGUUGAACGGAUGCAUCAAGCUGAACCGAGUCGAGGACCGGUUGUCACGGCUAGCCACAAUGAGAUCGAUUGAUAGUAAAUGUAUUAGCUAA